AUCUCUACGUAUCUAAAUAGCUAAAAUACUUUUUGGGUCUCAAAUCAGACUCCAACUGAUGUUGGCAACACUGACUGUGGAAGGUCAAUAUUUGACAAAUGGCCAAGCUAUAGCUGUCACUUUCUUUCACAAGGCGUAAACAUCGAAGCAUUUAUGAUAAAUCACUUUUAAAAUAAUUAUGGAGUCAAUUUGUAGAUUGUGUUGUUCUACAAAAUUCGUAAACAAUAAUUUAUUUGAUGAGGAAAAUGCUCUGUACCUGAAAAUGGAAUUAUACUUGCCGUUUAAAGUGAAAAAAAUGGACCGGCUGCCACAGAAGGUCUGUGAUCGCUGCAGUUGCAAAGUGAACGAUUUGUACCAGUUCUGUAACGAAGCAAUUGAAGCCCAGGACAGGUUACGAGAGAUGAUGCGGCAUGUGGAGACAAACCUAAAUGAUUCAGUAGAUCUCACACUUACUAAACAAGAAACUAUUGCACCCUCACCUGCUGCCUGUAGUAGGCGAGAGCAGGGCACACAGACAGAACUGGCGACGGAACCCACACAAUCAUCAAAUAAACCCAAUGUAGAAGUCCAAAUUAAAGUUGAACCGACAUCAUUAUCACCAUCAGAGGUAAAAUCAGAGAAUAAAGAAGAAAUGGAAGUUGAAUCUAACAAUCAUUUUGAUAAUCCUGUUGAUCUUCCUACUGACAAUAGUGAUGAUAAUGUUUCCCUUAUAUCACUGAAGAAAAAGAAACGAGGUCGCAAACCAAAUGCUAAUGGAGAGGCUAAACGAGGAAGAAAAAAGAAACCAAAAGAUUGGGAGCAGCUAAUAAACACUUUGCCCAAUGAUACUGCUGUCACAAUGGUGGAGAAACCAACAGUACCAAUACCUAUGGAUGUAAUGAAGGAAGAGGUAGUCUUUGGCUACAAGGAGGAGGCCCCAGACCUUCUGGUGAAGCGAGAGCCCAAUGAGGACAUGUACCAGUGUUGCAUUUGCUUCAUGCAAUGCUUUAACAGGAAUGACAUGUUACAACACUAUAGGGAGCACGUGGACGCGUCGGAGGCGUGGGGCGCGCCGCCGCCCGCGCCGCCGCCGCCCGACCAGCAACCGCUGCGCUGCGUGCGGUGCCGCAAGGUGGUGGAGCCGGAGGAGUGGGCGGCGCACUGGCAGCGGCACUGGGAGCGCGACCGCCGGCCCUACACGUGCGCGCUCUGCGAGAAGACCUUCCGCGACCCGCACCAGAUCCUCAAGCACGGUCAGACGCACAAGUCGGGCGAGGCGCUGUCCAACACGCAGGAGCUCACCAAGCGGUUCGUGUGCGACCUCUGUCCCGAGAGCUUCGUCUACAUGAGGUACCUGCUGGCGCACCGCGCGCGCGCGCACCCGGAGGCGGCGGCGCGCGCGCUGACGCUGCGCUGCGCGGUGUGCGCGCGCGCCUUCGCGCACCUCAACUCGCUGCGCCGCCAUCUGCGCGCGCACUCGGGCGAGCGCAACCACCUCUGCAACGUGUGCGGCAAGGCGCUCACCUCGCGCGAGCACCUCAAGUUCCACAUCCGCAUCCACACCGGCUACAAGCCCAACGUGUGCAAGUGAGUGCCCAGUGCCCAGUGCCCAGUGCCGGGCCCGGUGCGAGACUCAACCACAACAACAACAUUAGACAACAACCACCUCUGCAACGUGUGCGGCAAGGCGCUCACCUCGCGCGAGCACCUCAAGUUCCACAUCCGCAUCCACACCGGCUACAAGCCCAACGUGUGCAAGUGAGUGCCCAGUGCCCAGUGCCCAGUGCCGGGCCCGGUGCGAGACUCAACCACAACAACAACAUUAGACAACAACCACCUCUGCAACGUGUGCGGCAAGGCGCUCACCUCGCGCGAGCACCUCAAGUUCCACAUCCGCAUCCACACCGGCUACAAGCCCAACGUGUGCAAGUGAGUGCCCAGUGCCCAGUGCCCAGUGCCGGGCCCGGUGCGAGACUCAACCACAACAACAACAUUAGACAACAACCACCUCUGCAACGUGUGCGGCAAGGCGCUCACCUCGCGCGAGCACCUCAAGUUCCACAUCCGCAUCCACACCGGCUACAAGCCCAACGUGUGCAAGGUGUGCGGCAAGGGCUUCGUGAAGAAGUGCAACCUGACGCUGCACGAGCGCGUGCACUCGGGCGAGAAGCCGCACGUCUGCUCGCACUGCGGCAAGGCCUUCAGCCAGCGCUCCACGCUCGUCAUCCACGAACGGUACCACAGCGGCGCGCGGCCCUACGUGUGCGCGCUGUGCGGGCGCGGCUUCGUGGCCAAGGGGCUGCUGUCCAUGCACCUCAAGACCA